CGGGCCAACGUCUUACUACGGUCUCCCCACCUGUCCGAUUCGACCCCCACCCCCAACCUUUUCCUCCUCCCACACGACGACCGCCGGGGCCGCCUCGCGUCGCCGUGGAGGGCCCCGCCCGAUCGCGCCGGCCCGGCCAUGGUGCACAGCGCGUAUGACGCCGUCGAGCUGGUCUCCGGCGUGCCCGGACGCAUCGAGGCCGUCGCCUCCCACGCCGGGAAGCUCCUCGUCGCGGCCUCCGACUGCUCGCUCCGCAUCUACUCCGCGCCGCCCCCCGCCGACGGCGAGAUCCGGAGGGACGGGCCCUACGCGCUCGAGCGCCAGGAGCAGCGCCUCUGGCGCCGCGCGCCCUCCGCCAUGGAGGCCAGCGCCAGCCGCGACCUCCUGCUCUCGCUCUCCGAGUGGGUCGCCCUCCACCGCCUCCCGGGGCUCGAGACCGUCGCCGUCGUCUCCAAGACCAAGGGCGCCAACGUCUUCGCCUGGGACGACCGCCGGGGCCUGCUUGCCGCCGGCCGCCAGAAGCGCCUAACCGUCUUCCGCCUCGACGGUGGGCGAGAAUUUGUCGAGGUGAAGGAAUUUAGUGUCCCUGAUAUUGUGAAAUCAAUGGCCUGGUGUGGUGACAACAUAUGCCUUGGCAUCAGGAGGGACUAUAUGAUCAUAAAUAGCGUGACUGGGGCAUUAAGUGAAGUGUUUUCUUCUGGGAGGAUUGCUCCUCCUUUAGUUGUGCCUCUUCCUACCGGGGAGCUCCUCCUUGGAAAGGAUAACAUCGGCGUAUUUGUUGAUCAAAACGGGAAACUUGUUCAAGACGGUCGGAUAAUUUGGUCGGACACUCCUGCCUCUGUUGUUAUACAUAAGCCAUAUGCUGUGGCACGUCUGCCACGACAUGUUGAGAUACGGUCUCUUAGAGCUCCCAGCGCAUUGGUUCAGACAGUUGUCCUCCGUGAUGUUCAAAAGCUUGUUCAAACUGACAACUAUAUACUUGCUUCGCUGUCCAACUCAGUCUAUGGUUUGCUGCCUGUUCCUAUUGGUGCCCAGAUAGUGCAAUUGACCGCCUCUGGAGAAUUUGAGGACGCGCUGGCAUUGUGUAAGUUACUUCCACCUGAGGAUUCAAACCUACGAGCUGCAAAAGAAAGCUCAAUACACAUGAGAUAUGGGCACUUCUUAUUUGAUAAUGGGAGCUAUGAGGAAGCAAUGGAACAGUUUUCGGAUGCACAUGUGGAUAUUACUUAUGUGUUAUCUCUAUACCCAUUCCUUGUUCUGCCUCAAACACACAUUAUAGGUGAACAUGACAAGCUUCAAGACCUGCAAGAAUUAGCAAGAGCAUCUUCUGAUGCGACAGAUGAAAUGGAAGCAUAUUCUUUGCAGCUUCAUGAUUCUGAUGAUAAAUCUCCAUUGGAGAACAAGAAAAUGAGUCAUAAUGCUCUAAUAGCCCUUGUGAAGUACUUGCAGAAGAAAAGAAAUGGUAUAAUUGAUAGAGCGACAUCUGAAGUAACCGAGGAGGUCGUCUCUGGAGCUGUGCACCAUAGCUUAAACUUAUCUGAGCCAUAUAAGGCAAAGAAGCCAAAUAAGAAACGGCCCCAAACACAUAGAAGCUCUGUUGCAAGAGAAAUGGCGAAUGUACUGGACACAUCUCUUCUUCAAGCUCUUAUUCUUACAAGACAGUCACCAGGAGCUAUAGAGUUAUUGAAAGGACUCAAUUAUUGUGAUUUGAAGAUAUGUGAGGAGUUUCUGAAGGAAAAGAGCGAUUAUAUGGUAUUACUUGAGCUCUACAGAAGCAAUGACAUGCACCGUGAAGCUCUCCAAUUACUCAAUCGGUUGGUUGAAGAAUCGAAGUCUGCGAUGGCAAAUGCUGAUUUUAGUAAAAAGUUUAACCCACAAAUGAUCAUUGAGUAUCUCAGGCCCCUUUGUAGAUCUGACCCAAUGCUGGUUUUGGAGUCUUCUUUGUAUGUUCUUGAACGCAACCCGUCAGACACUAUUGAGCUCUUUUUGUCUGAAAAUGUUCCAGCAGAUUUGGUAAAUUCAUAUCUGAAACAGCAUGCUCCAAAUUUGCAGUCAACUUACUUAGAGCUAAUGCUUUCAAUGAGUGAAACCGGGAUCAAUCCUAAUCUACAAAAUGAGCUGGUGCAACUUUACCUUUCUGAAGUUCUUGACUGGUACAAGAUUCUGAAGGAUGAAGGAAAUUGGACUGAUAAAACAUAUUCCCCAACGCGGAACAAGUUGAUAUCUACAUUAGAGAGUAAUUCAGGUUACAAUACGGACACACUUCUUAAACGCCUUCCCCAGGAUGCUCUUUUCGAAGAGCGUGCUAUCAUGUACGGGAAAAUGAACCAACACCUCCGUGCAUUAUCUCUCUAUGUUCAUAAGCUCCAUAUGCCAGAGCGUGCUGUUGCAUAUUGUGACCGUGUUUAUGAGGAAGGAGCGCAGCAGCCUUCCAAGUCCAAUAUUUAUUUUAAUCUUCUGCAAAUUUAUCUAAACCCGAAAAAAGCUGAAAAAGAGAUCGAGCAGAAAAUUAUUCCAGUGGCAUCACAGUACCCUGGAAUUCAGAGGGUUAAUUCUACUACUAAGCUCAGAGGAGGGCGUAUGGGUAGAAAGGUUGUUGAGAUUGAAGGGGCUGAAGACACACGCUUUAGCCCUAGUGGGCCAGAAAGUGGCCGAAGUGAUGGUGAUGGAGACGAUGUUAGCGACGGAGGCCCUAUAAUGUUGAACGAAGCACUUGACUUGUUAAGCCAACGGUGGGAUAGAAUAAAUGGUGCUCAGGCUCUUCGGUUGUUACCAAGAGACACAAAACUGCAGGAUCUGGUGUCAUUUCUCGAACCACUAUUGCGGAACUCUAGUGAACAUCGGCGCAAUUAUAUGGUUAUCAAAAACUUGAUUCUCCGGGCAAACUUGCAGGUAAAGGAGGAUCUGUACAAACGACGCCAAGCUGUUGUGAAGAUUGAUGGAGAUAGCAUGUGUUCUCUUUGUCAUAAGCGCAUUGCAAACAGUGCUUUUGCAAUUUAUCCAAACGGACAGACAUUGGUGCAUUUUGUAUGCUUUAGAGAAUCACAACAGAUUAAGGCUGGCAGAGGAGCAAACUCUGUGAAACGUAGAUGAUGUCACCAUACUCCAGGCCAGAUGUCAAUCACCAAGAUUUUUAAGUUUGAACAUCGGGGGGAGAACUGGCCAAUAGCUGCAGUUUUUCUGGAUCAUGCCUGGAAAAAGUUGUGUUGAAGCCCUGAUCCAAUCCGCGGGGUCAUCAACCCAUGGCUUUGCCUGUAAGCAUUGCUCUCUGGGUGAAUCUCCUGCCCUCGUUUUGUGGCGUCAAGUUUUCAUCGAUGCCGUCUUGUGAAAACCCUUUUUGUUCAUCUUUACUGGAUCCGAGUGGAUUGCUUCGGAAAGCUUUUAGCGGGCUCUCUUCAGAGCCUUGUAUUUAGUGCACGUGCACGUUCGCUUGUUUGUUUCGAGUCCAGAAAGCUUACAGAGUUGAGUGGAUGUGUUAUAACGUAUAGUGUUCCUGUCUUGUCUGUUGAAGCCUGUUGUAAAUGUGGAGGCGGUGAUAUCCUGCUGUUUGUUGUACCAAUCAUAAGAGUAAAUAUUGAGAUUCGUGUUUUUCCAAA